CGUAAAUGUCGAUCCACAUCUCAACAGAAAGUAGUUUAGAACAGAAACUGCUCGGAAAUUCGCAAACGCUUGCUUGACAGUUAUCAGAAAGAAAAAAAACUCUUCGCAGGUAAUGUUGGUAAACACGGGGUUGCUGAUCAGCGUUACAUUUCGUAUGAAAUACAUCGGUGUAAAUUGAUUCGGAAAGUGGUUUUUCUCAUCAUUUGUGUGAUACGCAGAGCUAUACAACAUGCUCAAGACAUUUUGUCGUAUCUGUUUGACGGCGACGGGUGUAGAGUACAGCAUCGACGAAGCUAUCGAUGGCACAAAAUCGCUGUAUACAGUGGUUUGCAGGCUGUGCCCUGAAGCAUUCCCGGACAAAAGCAGUGAAUGGUCGAGACAUGUCUGUCAACAAUGCAGGAAACGUAUCUUAAAUGCGCAAGAGCUAUACGAUCUCUGUAAGAUAAGCAUUGAAUGUUUCGAGGAACUUUAUCCCAAGGGAAAGUCCAGUAAAGCAAAUGUAAGCGAGAUUGACGCUGAAGAAGACCAUUGCGAGUCCUAUCCCGACAUGAACGGUAUAGACGUUCUAGAGGAAGACGCCGAGAUCGUACGAUCAUUCCUCGGAUUGAACAGGGCUAUCAGCGCUGCUCCGAGCUACGUAUUAUCUAUGGAGGAAACAAAUUGUUCAGAGCCUGAUUGGAUGGUAUCUAUUGCAGAAGAUCCGUUUACGAUAGAACCAACGCAUGAUCAAGAUGAGUCGUUUGAUUCAUGUAUCGAUGAGGAACACAAAACACAAGACAAUCGUUCUGUCACAGCUGCGAACGGAAAUGUGGAUUUACCUGACGCGAAUUUCGCAACAGAUUACCAGUCCUCAUCUCAAGAUGCUUUUACAAUGCAAGAAGACGGGCAUUACGGCGAAAUUGUUUUAACUACUAAGUCCCAUGAAAAUGAAAUGUUCAAUGAUUUAAUAGAUUCAAUUAUCUAUGCGACUGUGUUUAACGAUGAGGUGUCUGUGUUGCACAAGGAGAAGCUUCGUUGCACGUUUUGCGAAGAUGAAGUUUUUUCAUCGCAAAUUAUUUUGAAUAAUCACUUGAAAGAGUUGCAUUCAGAUAAGAUUUUUAUUUGCAAUCCAUGUGAUAGAGUAUUUGUGGACGAAGAAACGUAUAACACUCAUGAAAAAUACCAUUCAUUGGAUCGUUGUUGUUUCUGUACUAUUUGUGAAAAGGGAUUUGAGAUUCCCAAAACGUUAAGAAAACAUAUAGCCUCCCAUGAGCAUUCCUGCAUCUGUCCAUCUUGCGGUGUGAAAAUGGAUGAUUACACCAAGUUGGAGAGCCAUAUCAAGAGCCAUGAGAAAGUUAAACCAUUUGCCUGCAACUUAUGUCCGUUACGGUUUCAUUUUAAAGGUAACUUAAAUGCACAUUUAAAAAGGCACCAAAACGUAAGAAAUUUUCCUUGUGAUGUAUGUGGAAAACGCCUGUCUUCAAAACGUAAUUUAGACACUCAUCAGCGCACAGUGCAUAUGGGUGAGAAACCAUUCCGAUGCGAUAUCUGCGACAUGAGAGUUGGCACCAAAAUGCAACUGUCCAAACAUAUGAUAACACAUACCGGCGAGAGACCUCAUGCUUGUAUGUUCUGUGAUCGACGAUAUGGUGCCCUCAAUGAUUUAAAGGACCACUUACGGAAACAUCUCGGAGACAAUAUAUACCAAUGUGAUCGGUGUGAUGUUUCUUUUCGAUUGAUUAGAGAACUAAGGCAACAUUACGCGGUGCAUUUUCAGGAUGCUGAGAAUCGGGAUGCCUCUACUUCCAUGAAUUCAUCCGAUUUUCGUUUCACUCUAGAAUAUAUUGUGAAUUUGCGUCGCCAGAAAGAGCUUUCCAAAUUGCAUGUCGAAGAGAAUCAUUCUUCCAUUGAAUAAACGUGAUUGUAAAAAUUUUAAAUAUUUUCCAUAACAAACUCAAUUCUUCGCACGACUUUGAAUAAUUUGCAUAUGGUUUAUUUGCAGAGAUGAAGAAAAAGAU